AUGCAGCGAAUGUCUUUGGAGCACGAGAGAAAUAUCGAAGCGAGCUUUGGCCGUGAGCAGGCCCUUCAAAGCGAGUGCAAGGCAGCUUCGGCUCUCCUGGGGAAGAUGCAAGCACGGCAAGCAGAAUUUUCUCAUGCCAACCAUCAGGAGUCCGAAGCAUUGAAAGCCCAGUUAGUUUCUCUAAGUGGGGAUUUGGCAAAGCAGCUGGAGCUUGUAGAUGCUAAGGUGGAGGAAGCGGGCACCCUGAAAAAGAAGUUUGAAGCAUCUCAGCUUGAGCUCGAAAGGUUUUCUACCGAGUACUGCAUCUUGCAGGAUGUCCUUCUUCAAGACUGUGGCGAGGACUUGCCGGUAGUUGAGAAUGAUUCCGAACAACGAGAGUUCAGUGCCUUUCAGUACCUCAAGAAGCUGCUGGACAUCGCAAAACGCAAAAGAGAAGCCCUGGAGAACCAGCUUGCUAAAAAAGAGGAGCAGUUCAAUCAACUUCAGCAAAAUUAUCAGUACUUAAAGGACCGGUACCAGUGGCCGUUACAAGAUCUCGGGGCAUCUUUCCGGAGCAUCAUCGGGGCAUUUGUCCGGAGCAUCAUCAAGCACACCAACCAGUCGUCAGAAGCUGCAGUGUCUCUUGAAGCAAGUCACCUGGAAGACUUGAACUGUCGGCUGGCAGUGCUUCGGGAACUGGUCACAUCCUUGACAGUUAGGAACGAGCUCCUCGCUCAAGAAAGCGGAAGCUCCUUUACCGAGAAGGCAGAGACAGAGUGCGAGAGCUUAGACGAAAAAGUCAGCAGCCUCCUAAAACGCAACGGAAAGCUAGAAAGCGAAGCCGACAUUUUGUGGUCAGAACUUUUCUGCCUGGAGGAGCAAGCUGAGAUGCUCGUCAGCUACAACAAACAUUUUCAACAGCUAGCUGAGAACUUAAAACAGGCACGACAUUGCCUCGAGGAGGAGUUGAAGACUCAGCGCGAGCAGCACGUCAAGGCCACCAAGGAGAUGGAGAACGAGCACUGCACUGCGCUGGACGAAGCGGCCAAGUGUGAGGCAGCACUAUCAGCGCUGAAGACAGACCACUCCCAGCUGUUGGACAAGUAUAACCACAUUGUAUACAGACACAGGAACCUGCAGGAAGAGUUUCACGCGGCAGCCCAAGAGAAACGCAGUUUGGAAGACAGGUGUGCUCAGCUCACAGAAGAGUGGGCAACAGCCAGACGAGCUCUCGCAGUCUUCGAAGAGCAGCAGGGCGCAGUGGGACAAAAGACCAUGCAGGAGCUGCAAGAGCUGUGGCAAGCAAACCAGCAGUUGCAAGAGCACUUUCGCCUCCUCAAGGAUAUGCAUCUCAAGGCUGAAGAACGGUUGGUGCAGGCGCCAAACCAAAAAGUGGAGGCCUCGAUGGAACAUGUCACCGAGGGCACUGGGGGUACAGCGAGAACUUUGGAGGCACCAGCAAGCCGAGUCGAGAUUGAGGAACUCUCCCGGCAGUACGAGUCCCUUCUGAAACAGUCUCGUGCCUAG